AUGGCUUUACCCGCCGAUGCGCUAGAAUUUAGCGUCAAUCAGGAAAUCAAGGGGAACAAGCACAGUGGCAAAUUGCGGCUUACCAGUCAGUCGAUUUUGUAUAAGGACAGCGUCACUGGAAGAAGCGAUCAGAUUUCGUUUGAUGACUUGGACGAAAUCUCCUGGCGCCGGGUUGCUGACGGAAAUCAACUAAAAAUUGAGCUCCUCAGCGGAAAGAUCAAGAAAUACGAUGGAUUCAAGGAUGAACACUUCAAAAAACUUGAAAAAUAUUUCAAGAACAACCCUGAUAAAGAGAUCAAUCAGGAGGAAUUGAGCAUCAAGGGCUGGAACUGGGGCAAAGCAGAGGUGAACAAAGACGAGUUCGCCUUCAUUUCUGAUGAUGGAAAAAGGGCGUUUGAGAUUCCGCUUGGGAAUGUCUCAAACUGCACAAGCAACAAGAACGAACUGAGUCUCACCUUCCACCAGAACGAAGACGCAAAUGCCCUGACCAUGAUGGAAUGUCGUUUCCACAUGCCAAUGGCAGACGAGAACACAGACCCAGCGGUAGAAACAGCGGCGCUGAUCACUUCCAGAGCCGACGUUCUUGAAGCCAAGGGCAACGCUUACCUUACGCUGCCGUCGAUUCAGUGCCUCACCCCUCGAGGCAGAUACGAUGUCAAGCUCUUCGAGAAGUUCCUCCAUCUGCACGGUGCUACUCACGAUUUCAAAAUCACGUACACCUCCAUUAUCCGACUUUUCCUCUUGCCGCACAAGGACCAGCGACAAGUCUUCUUCGUCAUCGCCAUUGAUCCGCCAAUCAAACAGGGUCAAACUCGCUACCCGUUUAUCAUCUGCGUCUUUGACAAGGAAAAGUACGAAACCAUCAACUUUGACAUUGACGAAGCUGAAGUCGAAGAAAAAUUUGACGGAAAGCUGCAGAAGGAGAUGCAGGGCCCUCACUUUGAGCUCGUCUCCCGCUUGAUGAAGGCCGUUACUGGUCGAAAGAUCACCGUUCCCGGCAACUUCAAGUCCUCCACUUCGCUUUCUUGCAUGGCUUGCUCUUACAAAGCCCAGAGCGGAGUUCUUUUCCCUCUCGAACGCGGCUUCAUGUACCUACACAAGCCGCCAAUGCACAUCCGCUUCGACGAAAUCGACAACGUGAACUUUGCGCGAGAAAGCACCAAGCUCCGCAGCUUCGAGUUCCACGUCCAAACGAAGCAGGGACAAAAGCACGUCUUCGGCACUAUCGAUCGGGCGGAAUACAACUGCUUCUUCGAUUUUGUAAAAGAAAAGGGACUCAAGAUCAGGAACAUCAACAAGCACGAGGAGCAGCGUGUUGAGGACUUCUCUGACUCUUCUGGAGACGAAUAUCCUGAUCACUACGCCAACAAGCUGAAGGAUGAAGUCCGAGGCAUGGAAGACGAUGACUCCGAAUCAGACGAUUCCGACUUCGAUCCAGACAAAGCUGAUCCAGAAGCGAAGGAAGGCGGCGAUGAAGAGUACGACUCUGACGCUGCCGACCGAUCCACCGACUCAGAAGAUCGAAACUCAUCGGACGAGUCCGAGGAUGAAGAAGAAAGAAAGCCCAAAAAGAAGGAAAAGGAAAGAAAGCAGCCAAAAGAGAAGAAGGCUCGAAAAGAAAAGGAGCCCAAGGAAGGAAAAUCUCGCAAAAAGAAGAACAAAGAUGGCCCCAAGCGAGCGAUGUCUGCGUACUUUUUCUUCAUCAACGAAGAAAGAGAAAAGAUCAAGGCAGAUAACCCAGGAAUCAAGAUCACCGAAGUAUCCAAGAUUGCUGGUCAGCGCUGGCGCGAGAUUGAUGCCAACGACAAGGCGAAGUACGAGGAGAAAGCCUUGAAAGACAAGGAGCGGUACGAACGCGAGAAGCGCGAAUUCAUCGCUGCUGGUGGCGAAAUGACCGUCUCCAAGUCCUCGCCAGCUAAAAAGGCGAAGAAAUCGUCCGCCGCGCCGGCCAAGUCACCAGCAAAAACUUCAGCCAAGUCCGCUGAAUUCGUCGCCUCGUCUUCGUCCGACUCCGAUUCCGACUAA